CAGUGUAAACUACAGGUAAAAGCACAACAAACAGGUCACUGACACUCAGGAGAGCUCUUUUUCCAAAGAAUAAAGAAGGGCUACCCUUCGAACCUACGACAAUAUCCAGUCUAGGCGAGCGCUCUACCAACUCAGCUGGUGGUUCAAGUCUUCAACACAACACAAGGCAAACCUCAAACCACUGUGCUAUGGCACAGUAAACUCACACUCAGUAUGUAGGAGCAGACCGGGGUAUUUAAACCUCCAAAGACGCUCAACUCCAAACCGAGUAUAUGUAUAUAAUUGAUAUCAAGUAUUUGUGUGGCAGUUGCCUGUCGAAAUGAUGACUUCAGUUCUUGUAUAUAUGAUGGCAAGUGUUUCUAAUCUGAGUAUCAUUCACUGCCAAUAGGAGCUGGACGAACUCCGUGAUAUCAUGACCACAUUAACAACUGAGGUCCAGUCUCAUCGAAGUAAGGUGACCAAUUUGAACGAGCAACUGGACGUUGCUACACAAGACGUGAAGGGAGGACAGACCACACUAGCCACAGCAACGAGACACAACAUCAAGUCCUACCUGCUGCCGGUGGGAGGGGCAGUGGUACUGGGACUGGUAGGGGGUCUGGUGGGUGGGCCGAUUGGACUGGUGGCUGGAGCUAACAUCGGGGCUGCCGCUGCUCUCACUGGUGUAGCUGCAGGAUCUCUGUCCGGAGGUCUACUUGGCCGCAGGGUAUACAGAUCAACUCUCCCGCCCCCCGAGAUCGAACUCAAAGAGAUGAAGAAGAAAGAGUAACAAUCUGUACACCACAUGAUGCAACAUACUCCAAAACACAUCAUCAUCUAUUAUACCACAUGAAAUGUUUUUGUGCAAAUCGCUUCUCACUAUAGUCGUCAGUAUUAUCUCUUUAUACAGAGCUUAAAAUGUUUAAUUUUUGGUAGGGUAUAUAGUCAAAUAGAAUUUAAGAUUAACUGUAGAGGAUGAAACAAAACAC